GUGGCGGAGGAGCGGUGCUCACGUACGGGAAGAGCUGACACGGGAGCUCCCUCCUCCGAGCUCUCGCGCCGCUCCGGGUUCGGCGGCGCCAUUCGCAGACGGAACACGGAGACGCGCGGAGACACGCGGCCCGAGCAAAGUAUGAGCGCGCUCUGAGCCAAGCAACUUGGGGUUCUGAAAGUGCCUUCCUUCAUCCUGCAAGGCGGCUCACGUGAGACGGGACCGUCAACGUGGCGUCGUCUGCACAGAGAAUUGGGGUCCAAUCCAGCGCUACAAGUCCGGCCACCUGGGUUGGAUACCCAGCCCCACGUCUCAAUUGCCAUCAUCAUCAUAACCACCAUCAUAAUUAUCACCACCACCAUCACCAGCAUUAUCUUAAGUGCAUGUGACCCGCCCGUGACCCGAUCGCGACCCGUUCAUCCGUGACCGCUCGCAGGAAACCACCACCACCACCACCAUGUUCACGAAGCUCUACGCUGGAGCCGAGGCCAUGAGCCAGCAGCUGCGAGCCGUGAGUCUGGCUCUCGCCACGGCCGACGAGGACGCCUGCGGCAGCAGCGACGGCGAGGCGCCUCCACACUCCUGCACCACCUCCUCGUCUUCCUCCUCGCAUAGGCAGCUGGGGCUGCGCGACUCGCGACCGGACCUCCACGAGCCUACAAACAUCGCGGCGGCCGCGGCGGCCGCUGCGGCAGCCGCGGCGGCGGCGGCUGCCGGGGUAGAGGCCACAGGACGCGGCGCAGGAGCGGGCGAAGGUCCAAUCGACGACAACGACCUAGACGACCUAGACGACGAAGACAUCGAGGACGAGGAGGAGAUGGAGGAGGAGGAGGAGAUGACGAUGGAAGAGGAGGAGGAGGUUGAGCGCAAGGCGAGGCGGCGCGGCCCGCGCAAGAAGAAGCCGACCAAGGCGCGCGUGGAGCGCGUGCGUGUGCGCCGGAUGAAGGCGAACGCGCGCGAGCGGAACCGCAUGCACGGACUGAACGCGGCGCUCGACAACCUGCGCAAGGUGGUGCCCUGCUACUCCAAGACGCAGAAGCUGUCCAAGAUCGAGACGCUGCGCCUCGCCAAGAACUACAUCUGGGCGCUCUCGGAGAUCCUGCGCUCCAACCAGAGCCCCGACCUGCUGAGCUUUGUGCAGACCCUCUGCAAAGGUUUGUCGCAGCCCACAGCCAACCUGGUGGCGGGCUGCCUGCAGCUCAACCCGCGCACUUUCCUGCCCGAGCAGAGCGUGGACUUUGCGCACGUGCCCUACGCGCCCGCCGCGCUCGCCUACGGCUACCCUCCGGCGGGACUGGGUGCCAUGAGCCCUCCGUACAGUUCGGCGGCCGAGGGCCCGUACCUGUUGCAGGCGGGCAAGGCGCAAGCCUACUUCAGCAGCGCCAUAGACCAGUACUUCGACACGGGCGUCUCGGAGUGCACGAGUCCGCCCUUCGAGGCGCCGGGCAGUCCGCCCCACCACUACGGCCUGAACGGGAACUUCGCCUUCAAGCACGAGGCCGCCACGGCAGCGGCUGCGGCGGCAGCGGCCGCGGCGGCAGCGGCGCACGCGUCCGUGCAGGCGGAUUACGAGCGGGGAGGGUACGGGCACUUCGGGGUUCGGGGCUCCGGCUACCAGGGGGCGCACGGCGGCGGCGGCGGUGGUGGAGGAGGAGGAGGAGGGGGAGCAGCAGGAGGUGGGGGCGGUGGGGGCGGGGGAGCAGUGGGCCCCGCUGGCUGUAAGCAGGCGGGCCAGGGCACGGGUCCCGGCGCGGCGUAUGAGCGGUACGGGCCGCAAGGAGAGCACUUCUGCGCUUACGAGGGCGUGCGUGCGAGGGCGACAGCGCGUCACGACCGCCUGCUGGUGGGUGCCGGGGCCGGAGACAUCCACGCGAUGUUCGGGGAGUAUGACCACCAUCACCAUCCGCACGGCUGAGACGCACACGCGCGCGUGCGUGCGCAACGGCGCGGGGUGGAGGGCACUCCCAGCUCCGUGGUCAUCGCUAGCUCCACGUUCUGUUCAGUGCUCGAUUGGAGGCGCGAGUUUGUUUCGUCGGUGUGUUUCCUUCGUUCGGUGGCGAUUUCCUCCCCCGUUGCUUCGCGGCCGUCGGUGGCUUAAGACGAAGCUGUGGGUCUCAUCUGAUUCCUCACCCCCCCCACCACCACUCCACUGCCCCCCUCCCUUCCCCACGGCACCCUCCCCCACCACCCCCUCCUCCUCACCGGUACGCGGUGAAAGAUUGCAAAGGCGUCCGUGGUUUAAUUUUGUACUGUAUUUGUAUGAUUACGUUUUACUAUUCUGUGUGGGGGGGGGGGGUCAUGUAUGGAAGCCAUAUAGUCGAGGAAUUGCUGCACUGAAUAUACCAGCUGUUCAGUGGCAUGUGGGGUUUGAUCAGUCAGGGCCUUUAUGAACUUGCUCAGCUCCCCUUCCUCCCAUUCCUCACGACCCGGCCAGGGUCUUUGAUCCGUCCGUGCGUCCACCCGUCCGUUUGGACGACAGCAUCGCGGAGUCGCGGUCGAGUCGCGGUCAGCGCACCUCACGUUGGACCCCAUCCACCUGAGCUCCAUUCCCAGCGAUGGGGGGGAGGGGGGUAAAAUCCGUGUCGAGCCGCGACCCCACCCGACCAGCCUCCCAUUCCAUCCACAGAGCGGCGUGAAUAAGCGUGGGUCAAACAACGCCCGUUCGUUGAGAGCGCUUCAUCCAGCAGCGGAUGGAGAAAGGCCAAAUCCCGCUCAGCUUGAUGUAAGAAUUAUGGACAUCCUUUAUUUAUAUCAACAAGUGCCAGAGUUGGAUUUGCCGUUAGACCCCGUUUAGCUGUUACACUCCCAUGGGAUCGUUACAUUUCGGAAAAACGAAUUCGUCAGUGCUGUCUAGAAAACGUACCGGACGGACAGACGCAGUCGCACAAAGACACACAAAGGCACGCAAAGACAAAGCCUUGACAGGUUGUAGGGGCGAGUGCUGUUAACGAGCACCUCUGAAGGCCGGCAUGGAACACGAGGGGGUGGGUGGCCGUCACCACGCCCUGCCGCCUUCAUCUCAUUAGACAUUUGAGGCUGAGUCGACCUAGGAGAGACCCAGGACCUGUUGAGAUAGUCUUCACCGGUGUUGGCCGUGAGCGAGAAUCGAACCGCUUUCGCGACCACUCCCCACCUACAGUUAUUGUAACCAUGCACACACGGUCACGCAGACACAAUAACACCGUCGCACGCGCACGCACGCACGCGGGCAGUCCCAUGGGUACGAGUGGACAACAAGAUUAAACUCAGCCGACAUUUGCCGGCUCUUCCAGGCGACCUCCGUGCAAUGCCAAGGUGGUGGAAUUGUGUAACGAACGAGUGAACUCUGUUCUCCUGUAGGACGGGACCUCGAUUACCACCGCCCCGCACGUGGGCAUUCAAAUUAUCAUCCAAGCGACGAGACGUUCAUUCGUGAAUUGUCUAACGAGGCGAGGGUACACUGAGAUGGGCGUCUUGAUUUAUGUUGUUGUUGUUGUCGUUGUUUCGCGACGUCGACUCGGGUGACCGUAGUUGUCACUGGUUUUCACAAACGAGGUUUCGUGUUUGCCGUUUCUCCGAUAGACACCGGACCCGCUCUCGUGAGCGAUGACGUCACUCGGGUACUUUAGAGGUCUUUGACGUUCACGUGAGCCUUCACUUUAACCCCGCACUCCGUGGUCGCCAUGCCUCCACGUAACUUACCGGCUACUGAAUUAACAACCUCGGCGCAGAUUACAACAACAACAACAACCACCACCACCACCAUUGCAUCAGAGGUCAUCGAUUCUUGAACAAUUUGCAUGACCCAACGUGUUAUCGGCGUCCGGAGUCGCUCUGCCAACUCGAGGAACUGGCGUCGCGAUUUUCCAGCCGAUUGCCUCCGCGCAGGGAUCCUUCCAUGCGGCUCUAAUCUCCUGCCACCGCCCGCAGGUCUCCGUGCGCCGAUUAUUGACAAAUAAUUCCCUUGGGAAAGAACUCCUUAAUACUCGCGCGGCUCGACAGCGAUAAUUCCUUCCCGUGGGAGUUCGAGAUCCGGUUAUCGCGUUGGCCAAUGUUCCCUUUCCACGAGAGAUUUUUGGCGAAUAAACACCCCCAUCUGGCGCUUGCCCCCAACCACCAA